CAUAGAGAUUAUAAAAUGACAUUAUGCAUCUGUGCAGAAGCAGAAAUACCAGAGAAGAGUUGUCGGACUGGUUUUAAAGCUAAUGUUUGACUGCUGACGAGCUGCAACCUGAGAAAAGGGCUGUUUGGAAUGGCCACCACUGGGAACCUUUCUGAAGAGCAGGUGCACUGCUCCAUCUGUCUGGACGUCUUCACCAACCCCGUCUCCAUCCCCUGUGGACACAACUUCUGUCAAACCUGCAUCCUGGGAUACUGGAAAACCAGCCCGUUGUACCAGUGUCCCAUGUGCAAGAAGUCCUUCCACAAGAGGCCCGACAUCAGUGUGAACACAGUGUUAAGGGAAAUAGCAGAGCAGUUCAAGCAGAUUAGGGUCAAGGCCACUGAAGGGAAGGAAAUUGGGGAAGGAGGAGUAGGGAAAGCCAAGAAGUGUAUCAUGGAGAGGAGGACCAAAGAGGAUGAGGAGCAGCUGCUGGAGAAAAACCAGAAGCAACAGCUUCUAGAUGAGUUGAAAGAAAAGCAAAAGGAGGAUAAGAAAAAGAAACAAGGGUUGAAGGAGAGUCAAGGCGAGGAGCUACCUCCUUUAAUCCCUCCGGUGUUGGCACCUAAAACCUCUCCUCCACCAUCGCCCCAGGCUGCAGCUCAGGCUCCACCUUUAACUCAAACAUCCCCUCCACCAUCGCCUCAAACUCCACAUCCACUUCCUCCAACCUCACCUUCUCCUCCUUCCUCUUCACUCCUGUCUUCAUGGGAGGAGGUCCUGUGUGAUGUUUGCUUAGGGGAAGGCCGACCAAAAGCCGUCAAAUCGUGCCUCGUGUGUCUCACCUCCUACUGUGAGGAGCAUCUCAAAUCUCACACCGCCAGGUUCACCAAGCACAAGCUGAUGGAACCUGUGGCCAACAUGGAGGACAGAAUGUGCCCGAAGCACGAAAGACUCCUGGAGCUGUUCUGUAAGAAGGAUCAGACCUGUGUGUGUGUCCUCUGCACCGAGACCGACCACAGGGCGCAUUAUACUGUCCCUGUGGAGAGAGAAUGGACCGAGAAGAAGGCACAGCUGAAAAAGACUGAAAUGGACGUCCAACAGAUGGUCCAGGACAGAAUGAAAAAGGUGGAGGAGAUCAAACACUCUGUGGAGCUCAACAAAGCCAGUGCUAAAAGAGAGAUUGAGGAAAGCAUGCAGGUCUUCUCAGAGCUGGCGCGUUCCAUCCAGAGGACCCAGGCUGAUCUGGUUUUAGUUAUCGAGGAGAAGCAGAGGCAGACAGAAAGGAGGGCAGAGAGCCUCAUCACCGAACUGGAACAGGAAAUCUCUGAGCUGAAGAGGAGGCAUUCAGACUUGGAAAAUAUGGCUCGGACCGAUCACAUCCACUUCCUGAAGAACUUCCCCUCRCUCAGCGCUCCUCCGUCUGUUAAAGACUGGUCUGAAACCAGUGUACCCACUGACACAUGUGUUGGUUUGAUCAGAAGAUCUGUGUCCAAACUGGAGUCAACGUUAAGUCAAAUGAUUGAAAAGUUGUCUGAAAGGGAGAUCAAAAAACUUCAGAAAUAUUCAGUGGACGUCAGUCUGGACCCAGACACAGCUAAUCCAUGGCUGCAGCUCUCUCAGGACAGACAUCAGGUGAGGCAUCUGGGGGCCUGGCAGGACCUGCCAGACCACCCGGAUCGCUUUGACACAGUGGUCAUCGUGCUGGGUCGCGAGGGCUUCACUUCAGGCAGACACUACUGGGAGGUGCAGGUGGGGGACAAGGACGACUGGUAYUUGGGGGUAGCCAAGUCCUCUGUAAACAGGAAGGGCAGGAUUUCUGUGAGCACCACCCAUGGCUACUGGGCUCUGGCCAUGAAGAAAGGCCAGGGGUAUCGAGUGUCAACAUCUCCACCCUUACUGCUCUCCCUCGACCCGAAGCCCAAGAAAGUGGGUGUGUUUGUGGACUACGAAGAGGGGCAGAUCUCUUUUUAUGACUUGAAAGCUCAAACCCAUAUUUACACAUUUGAAGAAACACUCACAGAGAAGAUUCGGCCAUUUUUCUACCUGUACUGCUGCGACAAAGCCUCAGACACCAUGGUGAUCUGUCCAGUUCAGGAGAAAAGUCUGAUGAAGCAAAGCUGAAGACAUGUUUGAUGAUCAAAGCAACAACCCUGAAAUAUACUGUAUUUGUGGUACUCACACCUUGUUGUAUUAAUGUUCAGUGGCAUGCAGAGUUUAAUAAUACAUCAUCAAAUAUUUGUGAAUAUUUUAGUGUCAGGAUACCAGAGCUGAAAAUAAAGCAUCAGCUGAAACUAGAA